AUGUGGACUACGGGUCUGCUCUUGGCUUUGAGUCUGCUCAGCCUGCCCUCAUGGGGACUCGGCUCGGACCACCGAAAUCUCACGGAGUUUAUGAGACAUCGCCAGAAGCGCUGGCUGAUCUAUCAAAACAGUGGAUCAAUGAAAUUCAGCAUUGGCCCAUCUUUGCCGAUUCCGCUGGAGGACAAGGUGACCUUUCGCUCAUGUGUGCUUUCGUUCACUCUCCAGGGUGGAACAUAUAGCCUGCCCACAUCUCCGAUUUGGCCUUGGGACAAGUGGGAGGGCACCUUUGCCCGAUCCCUAGCGCAGAUGAAAAGGAAUAUCGAGAUACAUACGGCCAAUGGAGGAGUCCGAUAUGCAGACGAUGCCAGACUCCUGGUUUACACAGCUCUGGAGGAGUAUAUGGGCAGGAGAAACAACAAUCUGGCCAUGGGCAGGCAAUGCCUGCUGCGAUCCAUCUGCGAGAAUGCCCAAAUCCACCAUCACAUAGGCGUGUUCUCAGAAAUUAUGGACAUCGUACUCAGCCCCGGCAAGGCCGAACUGGAUAACUCCUAUCACGAGGCCUACGCCGCCGGAAAAGCUGGAGCCAAUUGCCUGCAUCUCUACAGGACCUGUCCACGGGGCCUCAACUUCCUUGACGGACUGCUGAUUGUGGAGGAUGAUUGAUUUACUGCUGCUGUUGCUGCGGAUGGCCGUUGGAGUACUGAGCGAAGGAAAAUGGGGAUCCGCAAUAAAGUUUUCAGCCAAAUCAAAGUGCAUGUCUAAUGGGUCUUGUCCUGAUGUCGGAAUCCGCUUGUUCUUGCUGCAUAAUUUGGGGCGGAAAUGCACGGAAGCAUGUCUGAGGGGCAGGAAACUGUGUUGACUCGGCUCGAGGAUGAGCAUGUGUGCAUAUCGAUGCAGGCUUGGCUCAGGCACAUGUAGGGUUUAUGCGGGAAUUGAAUUUGGGAAGUACUUUCAAUACUAUAUCGAGGAUUAUUAUAUGAAACAAGGAUUUAUACAUGAGUUUAAUGCGCAU